AUGUCGAGCGAAAAGUUCAACGUCACGGAGCAUGCCGUUCCCGGCUGCCAUAUCCGAGAAUAUCCCGGGAGUACUGUUCACCAGGAAGACAUACUGAAACUCCAUGUCAAGCGGUAUACUCCCAAGAAUCAGGCUGAACCCGUUCCUGCCGAUGCCAUCACUAUCAUCGCUGCUCACGGAGCUGCACUUCCCAAGGAAUUGUAUGAGCCACUCUGGGAUGAGCUGCUAAACCAAGCCACCAGUUUCCAUAUUCGCAGCAUCUGGGUGGCCGACUGCGCCAGUAUGAACACCAGUGGGGUCUUGAAUGAGGAUAAACUCAGCAUGGACUGUAUCCAUCUUACAAAUCAUCUCUUCUCCACACGCAGGCUCCUGGAUGGAUCAUGCGCGGGACCUGUUCCUGAUGAUCAACCACUUCCGCGAGCAGAUGCCCCGUCCACUCGUAGGAAUCGGCCACAGCAUGGGCGGCAACAUCAUAUAUACCACCAGCAGCGAGCACUGACCAUCCCUUUCAGCACGAACCUGGCCUUUCUCCACCCGCGCUUAUUCACAACCAUCCUCCUCGUGGACCCUGUCAUUCAGCUGAGCCCACCAGCUAUGGGGUUCGGCACCGACCCUCCGGGGGCAGCGAACUACACUCUCCGACGCUCAGACGUAUGGCCCAGCCGCGAGGCAGCCGUGCAAGCCAACCGCAAGUUUAUGCACGGAUGGGAUCCUCGAUGUGUGGAACUGAUGGCGGAGCACGGCUUCCGGGAUUUACCGACGCGGCUGUAUCCGGACGUGGAGGCGGUGAAGGCGAAGUUUGGCACAUCCACCACCAACAACACCACUCCUGUCACUCUGACCACCACCAAGCAUCAUGACCUCCUCGGCCAAAUUCGACAGAAUUUCAGCGCCCGCAACCCGACCACUGGGGUGAUUGAGAUCCCUCGCGACUCCCAUGCCGAUUUGGAUCCCGUGGCUGCCUUCAUCCCCCUCUACCGUCCCGAACCUCGCAGUACCUUCUUUCGCCUCCCCUCUCUCCGCCCCUCCUGCCUCUGGGUUGUCGGCGGAUCGACCUAUCUGAACCUCGAUGAGAUGCGCCUUGCGAUUCAGCGGUGUGGAACUGGGGUCGGUGGGAGUGGGGGUUUGCCUGAGGGGAGAGUCAAAGAGGUUACAUUACCUGGCUUGGGCCAUCUGAUGCCGUUUCAGGAGGUCAAGGCCGUGGUGGAACCGUGUGCCGCUUGGUUGCGGGAGGAAAUGGAGCGAUUCCGUCGCGUGGAGCGGGAGUGGGAGGAGGCGCAGAAGGGGAAGAGCCAUCUGGUGGUUGAGGAUAAUUGGUAUAAAGUUUUGAAGCCGGUAAAUGCUCGUCGUGGUAAGGGCGGGCCUAGUGCGAAGCUGUCAUGAGAAAUGGUGCGGUAGGGCAUAGUCCAAGUUGUAGUGUGCACAUCAGUGCAUUAUGCUGUUUAUCAAAAGGAUAUACUGGCAGCUGGGUAGGGGUUGAACUUGUCGAUGUUCUACCACCCUAUUUGGUGGGCGCAAUACUAGUCCUAUUCUAAGUGUCAUCCAACACCACGAUCACCUAAGUGUGUAGUUUGGUAUAUUGAGAAUUUGCUCAUUUGCAGAUGGUUUUACAUCUUCCCUGAUCGAUACUCGGGAACAAAAAGAAGAAAUAAUACGCAGACAAGGGAGGAAGGAAUCUGUUAGCCAGCUGUAUACAUGUUUCACUCGUGGUAAAAGACAUCUCCUUCCCGCAACGCUUGCUUCUCAUCGAUACUAAACUCAACGGC